AUGGAGGGUGGGAUGAGAAAUAAGGGUUUGGAUUUACCUGCUGAAGCUGGUGUUAUUCCAAGAGCAGUUCGCCAAAUUUUUGAUACACUUGAGGCACAGAAUGCUGACUAUAGCAUGAAAGUGUCAUUUUUGGAGCUGUACAAUGAAGAAAUAACUGAUUUGCUAGCUCAAGAAGACAAUCCUAAAUCUACAGAAGAUAAGCAGAAGAAACCCAUUUCCUUGAUGGAGGAUGGAAAGGGUUGUGUGGUUGUAAGAGGCCUUGAAGAAGAAGCUGUAUAUAGUGCAAAUGAAAUUUACACCAUUUUGGAAAGAGGAUCAGCCAAAAGACGUACAGCAGAUACCUUGUUAAACAAGCACAGCAGCCGCUCCCAUUCUGUCUUUUCCAUUACUGUCCAUAUAAAAGAAGCAGCUGUUGGAGAUGAGGACCUUAUUAAGUGUGGCAAACUAAAUCUUGUUGACUUGGCGGGAUCAGAGAAUAUAUCUCGCUCAGGUGCACGGGAGGGUCGUGCAAGGGAAGCAGGGGAGAUAAACAAGAGUUUACUCACCCUGGGCCGUGUCAUUAAUGCACUAGUGGAACAUUCAGCUCAUAUUCCAUAUAGGGAUAGCAAGCUAACAAGGCUGCUAAGAGAUUCUUUGGGAGGGAAAACGAAAACUUGCAUCAUUGCUACAAUUUCUCCAUCUGCUCAUUCUCUUGAAGAAACUCUGAGCACUCUAGAUUAUGCUUACCGUGCUAAGAACAUAAAGAAUAAACCAGAGGCAAACCAGAAAAUGUCCAAAGCUGUGCUGUUGAAGGAAUUGUACUUAGAAAUAGAGAAAAUGAAACAAGAUGUUCGAGCAGCAAGGGACAAAAAUGGUGUUUACAUUCCACAUGAACGAUAUGCCCAGGAUGAAGCUGAAAAGAAGGCAAGAAUUGAGAAAAUAGAUCAACUGGAGAAUGAUCUCAGCCUCAGUGAGAAGGAAGUUGAUAGGUACCGCGAACUGUAUUUUACUGAACAAGAAGGGAAAUUAGACUUAGAAAGCGAGCUCAAGGAUUGCAUGAUGAAUUUGGAAAACAGAAACAAAGAAUUUCUUGAACUUCAAGAGAACCACAGGAUGGCCCUUUCAACAAUCAAAGAAAAGGAGUUGAUAAUCUCCAAGCUUCUAUUCUCAGAGAAGUCAUUAGUUGAGCGGGCAAAGGAGUUGCGAAAUGAGUUGCAAAAUGCAUCAGAGGAUAUAACUUCACUCUUUGCAAAAUUAGAUCAAAAAGACAAGUUGGAAGCAGAAAAUCAUAGCAUGGUUCUGUCAUUUGGUUCUCAGCUUGAUCAGAGUUUGAAAGAUUUGCACAAGACUAUCCUAGGAUCGAUUUCUCAACAACAGCAACAACUAAGAUGCAUGGAAGAACAUGCACAUUCUUUUCUUGCGAGUAAAUGUGAUGCAACACAAAUCUUGGAAUCAAGGAUAAAGAAAUUGACAGAGACAUAUACAUUAGGAAUAACAGCUUUGAAGGAACUUGGUAAUUCAAUGCAAAAGAAAGCAGCCUCUGACCUGGAACAGAUAAAUUCUACAAUCUCUUCUCAUGGAAUGGCUGUUGAACAAUUUCUUGUCACUAUGGUAUCAGAAGCCAAGGAGGUUAUCAAGGACAUCCAGAAUUCUCUUAUUGAGCAAAAACAGUUCUUGGCAUUAUCUGCCCAACAGCAAGAGGAGGGCUUACAGCGAAGCUUGGUUUCUGCAAAAGAAAUUUCAAAGGCAACCGUAGACUUUUUCAGUGACCUUUAUCAAAAGGCCUCUAAUGUCAUGACAAUGCUUGAAGAGAGCCAGGCUCAAAACUCAAAGGAAUUAGCUAAUUUCGACAAAAAGUUUAAGGAAGAGGCUGCCAAAGAGGAAAAAGAGGCUCUGGAAAAAAUUGCAGUGAUAUUAUCGAACUUGACAUCAAAGAAAUCUGCCAUGGUCUCAGAGGCGUCAAAGAACGCCCAGGACUCAAGUAUACAACAGAAUAAGAGAUUGCAGAGAGAGAUUUCUAGCAUGCAGCAGGUCUCAACUGAUGCUAGGACAGAGUUGAGCAAGUAUGUAGAGAAAGUGGAAAGUCAUUUCAUGCAGGACACAUUCUCAGCAGCUGAAUCUAGGACUAUCAUUGACAAUUACAUCGAGGAGUGCACCAUGAAGGUAGAUUCCUCUAGGCAACAGUGGGAAAGUGCUCAAUCAUACAUAAGUGAUCUUAAUACAAAGAGCAUUGCAGAGAUAGAAUCCACUGUAAAGGAAAAUAUAAGCGUAAAUCAAGUUGCACAUGAAGAACUUGUAUCUGCUUGCUCUUCAAUGGAAGUAGAUUUUGGUUCCAGAACUGGUGAUAUUGUGACAGCUGUUGAUGAUUUGCUAACGCGGGAUCAUGAAAGUAAGAAGGAAAUAGACUCAAUGACAACCAGGUGCUUAGAUCAGCUCAAAUUGAUACAAGAAAAGCAUGGUGAAAACAUAACAAGCAUCAGAAACCAAGCUGAAAAGUCUCUCACAAAAGAUUAUUUGGUUGACCAGCAUAGUAGCACAACACCUGAGAAACGAGUUAUAACAGUGCCGAGCUUGGCAUCCAUCGAAGAGAUGAGAACAGCCGCCGCAUUUGAAAAUCUGAAAGAAGAGAAUAUUGUGGACUACAAAUCAAAAUUGGGGCAGAACGAAAGCAAGAACUCGCAUAUGGCUGUAGCCUCACCAAAUAGAACUCCUUUUGCAGAUGUCAAUUAAUAUGUACGAAUAGCAGAAUAGGAAAAUAACAGGCAUUUAGUGGCAGAAGCAGCUUUAGCUGUGUGACAGAAUGAACAAAUUAUACUCAUCAACUGAUGAGUGGCAAGUUCAUUUGUUUUUAACCAGUUAGGAUGCUGUUGUCUUGA